AUGGCGGCUGUUUUGGUGGCUGUGAAGUGAGUAUUUCUAAUGUUUUUAUGAAAACUUGAUGGGUCAAAAAUACGCAAAGACAUUUAAAGUAGUUCAGGAUAAUGCUGUAACUCUUAGGGAUUUAACGUGGCUCACUUAUGAUGGUUUAAUAAGUAAGUUGGAUCUAUUUGAUGUGAUUUUUAGUGCAGAGUUUCUUUGAAACUGUAGUCAUAUAUCAGAUAUCAUAGGUAAACUUUCCGGGGGGGGGGUGUAUACGAUUUAUCUUCGUGGUGAUUUAUUGUACUUAGUGCUUUGAAGGUUAUUUAGGCAAUUUCAGUUGUCUUAUUUAAAUACUUAUUUUGGGCAUGUAGUAAAACACUGACUACCGGAACACCACCGGAACACCACCAUUUUGUUUGGGGUUGGGGUUAGGUGGUGUUCCGGUGGUGUUCCGGUGGUGUUCCGGUAGUCAGUGUUUUACUACAUGCCCUUAUUUUGUCCUUUUGCCAAGUUCACAAAAAUUUCCAGGAAUCUUGUCGUUAUUGUAAAUUUUUGACAAUUUUAUAACAUUCGCUUCUCCGUGUUGUGCGAAGGAUCUUUCCCCCGGAACACCCAUUUUUUCUUUAGUAGCGCAAAUGUGCAUGCGCUAUCAAGCCGUAGAUCACAAUGACAUGACGGUGCCUAGUAGGAAGGAGCGACACUGCCGAGUGCCGACAGUGUUGUUUUCAAAUUAUAAACAUUCUUAUAGACAUGAAUAUCGAGUAAAUCUUUGAGAAUCUAUGCAAUAUAUAAAUUGAUGUUAUGAGUUAGGCGUAAAAAAAAAUACCUGUGGUUCCGGUUUCAUAUCGCGAAAAAAUUAGGGUCGGUAGGUCGGAAAUAAUUUUUUUUUUAAAUAUUUUUUUCAUGGUUUUUUCAAUAAUUAGUGCGAUAACAGACACCAUUUUGGCAGCAGCCUGCAACCACCCGGAGAAAAUAGUGUCGCACGGUCAAUCGCGUUGAAAAAAUAAUAGAGUCGGCACAAAAAAAAAGGGUCGGUCGGGAACCGGAACCACAGGUGUUUUUUUUUCGCCUUAUGCAUUACGGGUAUUCAAUUUAAGUGUACCGAUAUUAUUUUGAUGGUAUAUUCAAUUUCAAUAUACAAAGCUAGGCUUAACAGUUUUGUCUUUUUGAAAUGUAUGAACAUUUCAGGCAUGAAUAUUGAGAAAAUCUUCUAUAUUGAGAGAUUCUACGCAAUAUAUAAAUUGAUGUUUUGCAUUACAGGCGCUCAAUUAAGUGCCGAUAUUAGUUUGACGGUAUAUUCAUUAUACAGAGCUAGAAAGCAGCGAGACAGUGUUGUUUUCAAAUGUAUAAACAUUUCAGACAUAAAUAUUGAGAAAAUCUUUGUUUAUGUGUCUAGCACAAUGGUGCAAACUCGUGUUCAGUGCAACGAGAAUCUCUACCAGAUCUUACGAGAAUCUAUCUGUAUCAAAGCUUGUCAAAACUGCUAUAUAAACACUGCUAUAACUGUGAAACUAUUGAAAUCUAAAGUGACAUUAUUGAAUACAUGCAAAAACUGAAAAUGACUCAUGAAACAACAACGUGACCUUCAAAAUAAGUAAAAAGGUCAAUGAGACUUGUUAUUGUGAACACGUCACAAUUAGGUUAAAAUGCGGAAGAGGAUGCGGAUCCAUGGAACGGAUAUGGUGAUAAAAUGCGGAACGGUUAUGGAUAAAAUGCGUCAUUUUAAUGAGUUGUUUUCGCCUCUUAUUUACGUUUCUGUGUUUCUGUGCCUUGUCACUAAUACUUUCAAUGGGGAAGUAAAUAAUAUUACAUAACUCUCGUCAUUCUUUAAUCGUAAAGUAUUAGAUUUAAACCAGAUCUUAGCAUUUUACUGUUGUAACAGUUCGCGCGCUACUACGUCAUAUCAACAUGUGAUUAAAGCUAUAAACCACGCUUGAAAAGCUAUUCAAUUAAUAAGCAUGUCUUAUAGCAUUCAUCUUUGAAACUCUGCACUAUAUCCUUGGAUCCCUAGUUUCAAUUUUCAUUCGUCUUGUACCUUUCAUAGCAAGACGCAAACCUAUAUAGGUUAUAGCUGUGAACCUUAAUAUAACCCCCUUGAUCUCUCUAUGUUUUCUGGUAAGCAAAUGUGUUUAAAAUUAAAAUCUCCCAUGAGAACUUCGUUAUUGGUAUAUGCAUUGCAGAAUCACAAUGGAUAAUAUACUCAUUUGUAUAUACACUGGAGUUUGGUUCCUAGUAAAUACUGCCCGGAGUGCCCGGGUACGUGUGAGAGCACCCAGGUACAUGUGAGAGUGCCCGGGGACGUGUGAGAGCGCCCGGAGACAUACAAGAUAGUAUAAAUCAGUGUACGAUCCUUUCUGAGUCUCUAUGGCAAAUUAUAAUGAAUGAAAAAUAAUAUUAAAAGUGAUUUUCAACCAACCUGGCAACAAGCAUGGCAGCCUACGCAGGAAGCUGUGCAAAACAUGAGAUAGUAAUUAUUAUAAAUGUAAAUAUUUGCUGCUAUUAAUUAAACUAAAAAAACAAGACUACAGACUGUAGUUUUGUUUUUAUCAACUGAGCUGAGAAUAAGCUAAUUGUCGUUUGCCAGCAUUUGAAAAAUUCUUCAGUUGUCAUCAGGACUACCGAGAUUUGCAUGUAAAAGUCAAAAACAAAAAGCUGAUUAACUAAAAAGAGAAGACUGCUCAAUAGUUUUUUACAUUUAUAAUAAUAUUAUAAUCUCAUGUUUUUUACAUUUAUAAUAAUAUUAUAAUCUCAUGUUUCGCACAGCUUGAUUUAUGAUUUAUUAAACUUCAGUACAACAUACUAGCAUGCCUCGAAAUAAGUGCCGGUCACCGGUCAUUGUCCGGUAAUUUUUUUCAUUUUGACCGGCAAAUACUGUCUCUUACCGGAGACGCAUGACCGGCGAAUUUUUCUAAUGUAGAAAUGCGUUCCAGAGCGAAUUUUUGUUUCCCACAAUUUCGUGUUUACCGAGAAAAGCGGAAGUCUCGCCUGUCAAUUUCAACGCAGGCAUUGCACCUAACGCAUACGCUCGCAACUCAAAUACAUUUGUCAUCGAAACUUCCUGGCAGAUAUGGUAUGAUAUGGCAAAGAAUUGUUGUGCGACAACGUCCAAACACUAAGUAUUCUUGCAUAAAUUGUGCGGUGACCACAUUUUUUAAUUAAAGGACAAUAAGCAACAGUUUGUAACUUGUAUAAUAAUUAAUAUUAAUACAUAAUUUUUUGUAUUUUGUUCAAUAAUUAAUAUUAAUACACAUUUUUUUCUUUGUUUCGUCUGUUUGUAAAUCUUUUCUCGUAAUUCUCGCCAAUUGAAUAUAGCGGGCAUUUUAUUCAAAAUUCAGGAUAUCUGCACAAGUUCACUUAAAAUACGAAAAUCAAAAGAUGAUCGGCCAAACAUCCAUCUUGACCGGCAAAUUUAAUAAUACACUGGUCAUGAUGACCGGUGUACCUUCCAGGUUUAUUUCGAGGCCUGCUGAUACUAGGGUACUGUAUGCGUCACAGGUUUCCGCAAUUACGGGGGAACUUCUCAUAGACCUCAUAACUGAAAUCGUCGGACGAACAUCAUCAUCGAUAACAACUAAUUUAUGAACAAGUUUGUACAUGAAGACAAGAUCUAAAAAUUCAUACCAAUAUGAGACUGGGAUUAGUUUGGUAUUUUGCAAGCGGAUUUUGUAUGAUACAUCAGAGGUGAAUGCCAACAUCAAAAUAUAUUUAGUAGCUCUUCUUUGGACUUUCUCAAUAUCUUGAAUUAAACCGAUUGAUUGAGGACACCAAACAUGACUUGCAUAAGCAAACUUGCUACAAACGAGCUGAAUAUAAAUGCGGGUGCCUAAUUAAGUUUUAAUACCAACAAAUGUAAAGUCCUAUCAGUUACAAGGAAAAGAAAUCCUGUUGUUUUUUCUGUAAAAAGUAAAGGACAGUAUUUUAAGGAGAAAUGCUCUGACCAAGUACCAAGACAAUCCAAAUCCGAUUGUAGAUUCAUAGCAUUGUUUACAGAAGAAAUUUGUUUAUAACAUUUCAUAUCAUCUGCAAAAAUCUCUGUAGAAUCAGAAAUAUAUGCAGUGACAUUAUUGACAUACCUGUACAUCAGGAAUAAUGUUCAUCGGAUUGUGAACACAACUUUUUUUGUGGAUGGAAAUUUUGAGAGAAAAACUACAGCAUGUAGCAAUUCAUGGGAAGUGCAUGUUAACUUAAGGUGUUUAUAGGUACAUAUUAAUUUGAGCAGUUUGUGGGAACGAGACUUCACAAUCUGCAUGAGUUAACACAUUAAUUUGUUUUCACCAAGUGAACAAGCGAGGUGAGUGAGUGAGUUUUGUGAAAACAGAUUUAUUUAACAAGUGUGAAAAUACAGUACAAUACAAAAGCACUUCCCAUGAACAAUGUUUGCAUUAUUAAAAACUGAUAUUUUUCUCCCAUUGUAACAUUUAACCCAUUGUGGGCUAGCGCUCUCCCCUUGAUAAGUAAAAUCGUCUUCAUUAGACUGAAAUAAUAAAGUGGGGCACAUUAGGGUGCGAAGGUAGUCAGAUUAACCAAUUGAAUGCCAGCACUAAUAUGUAUUUUCAGCAUUGAGUGUGCUCAACAGCUUUUACUGUAGGUUAAAAUUUUUCGACGUUUCCAAAACUUUGUUCUCAGAGAAAGUAUUCUGUGAUGUGGCAAAAACAUUGUUACAUGUAUAUUAUUUAUUAUAAUUAUUGUUCCUGUUGUAAUGUUUUGUUUUAUCUUAUGUUAUUUUAUAUUCAGAAGCUGUUGAGGAGUUGAAUAUAAUGUAAGUCUAAAUACAUUGCCUGUACUGCAUUCUCAUUGUACGCAGGGACGGAUUUUCAUAUUUUCGUUCGGGGGGUGGGGGGGAUAAAUAUCUGGGGGGUGCUGCUGCUUGCUUUGGCCGGGGCCAGGUGGCAACGUCCAGAAAGGCCAAGGAAAAUGUUUAACAAAACUUGUUUUCUAGGCCUGCAUGGCGGCAUCUGAGACCAUAAUAUUAGUAAUUUUACAAAUUUAGUAAUAAGAAUAACCAAAUAGGAAAAUAUCAAAUCAAAAUAUGUAUAAUUUGAGGGGGUGCAAAAACUUUUUGGGGGGCGGUGCCAAAUGCCUCUGGGGGGGGGGGGGGCAUUUCUGGUGCCCCCCCCCCCCCCCAGAAAAUCCGUGCCUGAUUGUACAUAUUUAUAAGUCUCAUAUUAUACCAAUAUUCUAAUUUAUUCAAUGGUAACCGUAUCAAAUAUGCAUGCAUUCAAAUGAUUAAAGAAUUACCAAAACCGAAAAAACGUUUUCGUGCAUUACUACUUUUUCCUACUGGGCCAGUAAAGAUCAGGUUUUUUCAUUACAGUGUCUUAAACAAAAUUUUGUUGUUUAAUUUUGAGUUGAACCAACUACAUGUACGGUAUGUGUAAAUUUACCAAGACUUAUAUACUGUAAUAAAUAAUCCAUACAGUACAUGUAUGUUAGGGUACCUAGGGUAUCUUGGGGUGCCCUGAAGCCACGCCCAGAAACAAAAGUCUAUUAUCCUCGCCUAUUAUCCUCACACUUUUCAAGCAUUCUUGUAAUGUACAUUGCAUUACAGUAGACAUCCCAGUCAUUCCAUGGGAAAACAAUAUAUAGAGGUCAUAAGAGGCAUUUUUAGAUUGAUGGAGCCUGUAAAUGUUUUGUUAUAUAUUGCAAUAAUUGCGUGUUUUUGUAUUAUAUUUUGUCCUUGCAGUCUUGAUGAUUUGACAAAAUCAGAAGGAAACAAUUUUCAGUUGUUGUUUGCAGUCUCCUCCACUGACGAUAGUUAUUUAUGGAAGGCAUUUGUUAGGGUAACAUGUUGCAAGGUAUCACAUUGUUUAGAUUAUAGUAUUAUAGUCGAAGGUCAAAAAUCGAGAAUCAAGGUCGAGGGUCAAAAGUCGAGGUUCUAAAGUUGAAACUGUUGAAAGUACUAAAUUUUUGUUAUUAAUACUGUACAUUUCUAGAAUUUACCGCAUUUUUCGUAUUUGUUAAAGUUUUCCUGA